AUGGUGAGUGAUCCUCAGACUCUCAAAGUCGCGCUGCGCAUUCACGAGCUUACGGACUUGCAUCUGGUCUCUCUCCUCGCGCUUACAAGUCGAACACUCUGAGGCCAUACCUUUCCUGCGUCCGCUCAACCUUGACCGCAGCGAUGACGCUGGAAAACUUCGGAUCUCAAGUGGUAGAGCGACACAACAAGCCUGAAGUCGAAGCAAGAUCAUCAAAGGAAGUGCUUCUGACUCCUCUGACAAUAGCUAGGAAUGAGAGCGAAAAGGUCCUCAUCGAACCUAGCGUCAACUCGAUCAGAUUGAGCAUCAAGAUCAAACAGGCUGAUGAAAUCGAGAGGGUGAUCUGCCACAAGCUGGCUAGAUUCUUGAUGCAGAGAGCGGAGAGCUUCGUUAUUCUCAGAAGGAAACCCAUUCCCGUGAGUAGCAGGGCUCUGGUCCUCCACAGAGCUGCCUCGCACGCUUUCACGCGCUCGGACUGCUCACUCGACUCGACUUGUUCCCGUCAAUAUCGACGCAGGGCUACGACAUCAGCUUUCUCAUCACAAACUUCCACACCGAAGCUUUGCAGAAGCACAAGCUGGUAGACUUUGUCAUACAGUUCAUGGAGGAUGUUGACAAGGUGAGCGCUUACGGAGCUUGGAAACAAUUGUCGCGCCUCAGGAUGCUCGGGGCAGGCAUGACUGCGCUGCAGGCUGUGCUCGCUUUUGAUACGUCACCUUUGUGCAGAUGUCUCGAGCUGGAUCGCUGACAUAUCACUGCUUCGCUUCCCGUACCAAAGGAAAUCUCGGAGCUCAAGCUUUCCAUCAACGCCAGGGCUCGUAUCGUGGCCGAGAGGUGAGUAGCACCUGUGCGAAGCGCGAGGUCUUGUGUUCUGACUGCAAUCCUCGCCUCUUGUACGUCCUGACCUCGCUCAGCUAUCUUGGAGUGGUGAGUCACGAGUAUUGCGCGCGAGCUCCAACGGACGCGUACACUAGACCACCAAGACUGCAUCAUCUGACAUGUGUUGACUCUCUUUGCGCCAGUUCACUUGA